GGUACUGCGCAGUCGUGGCUCGAGCCUUGCUCGCGGGACUCAAGGAACGGCGCUACCGCCCCUCUGCGCUGCGUGCCCCCACGUACGCCGCGCCACCGAGCGCCGCCAGCCCCCGCCUCACCCAGUGUCCACGGCGGCCGGCGCGAUGGGGCUGGGCUCGAGGCCCACAGCGCGUGGGAUGCUGCUGCUGCUCCUCUGCGCCACGGCCGCUGCCGGGGACGCGCACGGCGAGCACCGCACAGACUAUGACCGUGAGGCGCUGCUGGGUGGCCAGGAAGAAGUCGACGAAUAUGUUAAACUCACCCCAGAGGAGCAACGCAAAAGGCUGAAGUCAAUCAUAAAGAAAAUUGACUUGGACUCAGAUGGCUUUCUCACGGAAAGUGAACUCAGCUCGUGGAUUCAGAUGUCUUUUAAACACUAUGCUAUGCAAGAAGCAAAGCAGCAGUUUGUCGAAUAUGACAAAAACAGUGAUGGUGCCGUGUCCUGGGAUGAGUACAACAUCCAGAUGUAUGAUCGUGUCAUCGACUUUGAUGAGAACACAGCUCUGGAUGAUGCGGAAGAGGAGUCCUUCAGGCAGCUUCAUUUAAAGGACAAGAAACGAUUUGAAAAAGCUAACCAGGAUGUAGAUCCUGCUUUGAAUCUUGAAGAAUUUAUUGCUUUCGAGCAUCCUGAAGAAGUUGAUUAUAUGAAGGAAUUUGUCAUUCAAGAGGCUUUGGAAGAACAUGACAAAAAUGGUGAUGGAUUUGUUAGCUUGGAAGAAUUUCUUGGGGACUACAGGCGGGAUCCAGCUGCAAAUGAAGAUCCGGAGUGGAUACUUGUUGAGAAAGAUCGAUUCCUGAACGAUUAUGACAAAGAUGCCGACGGCAGGCUGGAUCCUCAGGAGCUGCUGUCCUGGGUGGUGCCCAACAACCAGGGCAUAGCCCAGGAAGAGGCUCUUCAUCUGAUCGAUGAGAUGGACCUGGACAGUGACAGGAAGCUCUCCGAGGCCGAGAUUCUGGAGAACCAGGACUUGUUCCUCACCAGUGAAGCCACAGAUUACGGCCGACAGCUUCAUGACGAGUAUUUCUAUCACGAUGAGCUGUAGUCGCUGGGUGUGUCUGAGUAGCGUGCUGGAUCCUUUUAUAAAUUUGUUACCAGUGUUACUUUUGGGAUAAAAGAUUCAUGAGGUUAUUUUCCACUCAGAAGUCUUACCACAGUCCAGUGUAUCUGACUUUUUGCCUUUUAGGAAGAAAACAAAACCAAACUCUGAUACUGACUUCAAAAUGUAUUGAAGAAAUAAACCAAUGUUGUGCCAUAUGACAGCAGACCCUUCCUUAAAGACGCCGUCUGUUUAGUACUGUGCUGUGGAGUAUUUUGAGUUCUAUUUCCACACUUGAAAAAAUGGGAGAUUGUAGAGAUGCCUGAACAAUAUUACAGGAGUAUGUGAUCGAGCUAUCGAUUUUGUUUAAGUAGCAUUAAAUUGGGCACUGACCAGAGGACAUCAUUUUUAGAUUUAGCAUUUUGUUUUAAAACCUUUAAAGGAACCUACAGAAGGACUUAUACCUCGCAUAUAAGUUGAGAAGUUCUGCUUAGUUUUAAAAUGGUUUCUAUAAAGGGUUUUAUUGUAUGAAAUAGAACUUUAUAUUUUUGCAUAUGUAUAGAUGGUAAUUAUAUUUAAUGUGUAACUGUAGUCUGUUGUGUGUUGAACUUGAUAUUGUCUGGAACUCUUCUCUUUUCACUGAUUAAAAAUGAAAUGUUCUAUCUUUUUAAAUGUUUGCUUUUAACUUCCUGGUAAACCCAUUUCGAGCACAGCUUCUGUUGUAUUUUGCAUCCUCCUGCUUCAUCCAUUCCCGUAUUUGGGUAGUGAGUGUUCUAAAAUUCUGUUAAAUUAUUCUUGUUCCAUAUUCUUGUUUUGCUUUUUUUUUAAUAAAAGAAUAUUACACUUGACUGUA